UGCAACAAUCAUAAGCCCGUAGCUCCUACUUUUACAUUUUAACAUGCGCGAUAUCGUAGUACUCAAUGCCAACGUUUGCUUUUCGCCGCGGGUUAUCGUAUCCUUCUUCAUCGCCCUCCACUGCGGAGCUUCAAUACCUAUCAACUCGCCGUAUCCUUCCAUUUAAUCCUGUGAAUGGCCUUCAUGGUAUUCAAUUGACUUCAAAACAACGCAGACAAGAACGAGCGAGAGCCAGCUCACACAGCAACGACAACGACCCAAUCACAGCCCUCCCCUGUCCAAAAGCAGUUUAGCGCCAUCCGAUCCAGCGGGUCACUGACGUAUACUUUUGUAUAACUUUGUUUGAACCCACACUGUCUCUUCCUCACUCCCUCUCUUUUUCCGGCACCAUCCGCAGCUAUUUACAAGAAGAAAGAGAGAAAUACUUGUAUGAGUAGCACGGCUUGAUAUUCGCUUUCCUCUUGUGUCUUUCGUCUGAAACCUGGACCUACACAUAUACCUGACGUUGUUUUCUCCUCGCGAGACGCGGAAGAAGCGCUUGAAUUAUAUUGACUUGCGACGACGACGGAGGACGAUCUUAAGACUAGGAGAGAGAGAUUAAGGAAAAGAGCAGAGUUUGGGAAAUAUGGAUUGCAUCCCGCUCCCGAUUUGCUGCUUCCAAUGCGGAACCGAUCAAAACCCGUGCCACUGCAAAGUCGUUGGCCCUACGAUCGGGUUCUUCGUUACCGUUGGUAUGGCGCUCGUGUGCUGGCCAGCUAGUCUAGUAUGUUGUUGCUGCGCAACGGAUGCCGGGAAGAAGUAUGUAUAUCAUAUGUUGCGAUAUGCAAUCCCCCCUCCCCCUCUUUUCUCUUUCUCUUCCGCUACACUCGUUUCACGCUGUUAUACGUCUACUGCGACAUCCUGGAUAAAUGAUUAACUAACGUUGUGGAAAAAGGGUUCUGGCUCUGCCUGUUGACACGGGGAACGCGAUUUCGAAUUCGAUUCCUAUUUAGCGCGAAGAGAGAAAGCGCGCGUGUGUGCGCGCGUGGAGCUCGUCUUUCUUUUUGGCGAUGAGAUGACGAACGGGUUGGGGAGUUUUGGUUAGGGGGACUUUUCUAUUUCUAUUUUGUGUGUGGGGGAAGAGGGAGAGAAAGGGGAGCCCUGCUCAAGUCUCUCUCUUCCUUAACAGCCUGAUAUUUUUUUCUUCUCUUCUCUUAUUCUAUUUUCCUUUUCUAUUUUUGUUAAAAGGGAUAGGAAAGGAA